GCCCCAUCCCCUGCCGCCGGCUGAAUCUGCCCCUGCGCUACACCAGAUGUUUCCGACAAGCCUCGGUAACACCGCUUUACAUCUCAUUUUGAAGGCUUCAAUAUUCACACCUCUUUAAAUACGGAGUAUACCAUGAUAAGGUCGUGAUUUGUUAAUAUAUACUGCCACGCACAAUUAUCACUCUCUAACGUAUGCUAUAUUUACCUAAUUAGUAACUGAUGGUGAGCUGCCUAUAUACAGACUGUGUAUAGAAUACAUCAUCUGAUCCAUUGUUUACAGCUUGUAACAUGCCGGUAACGACUAUUAUUAUCAUAUUAACAUGUUCUUUGAUCGGAGCUUUGUUUCUCUUUGGGUUGACGAAACACCUUAAUCGUCGCAAGGAACGUAAUUGUUAAUUCAUCGCUUUCCGUCGAGACUGCUCAUCAUCUUCAUCGUUACCAUUUUGUGUAGGAGAAGAUUUCGAUAAUCGCAGGAUCCUGAAAUAGGGCAAUUGCACGAUAAAACCAGGUACUUCUAAAAUAGUUUCAUCAUUCUGAUAGAGCGGUUCCGCCUCAUCAAACGGAACAAUGAAAGUCUUACUCGUUGGAUUGUUGUAUGUUUGUAUCAUCACUGACAUAGCAGCUCAACUGAGCGACGAGGUGAAAAUCCCAGAAGGAAUCAAGAACGACACAAUCUCACCUGACGCGUGGAUCGACAUCUUCUCCAAGCUUUCGGAGGUCAUGCAUGAUCAGAAAGAACCCGACGCCGACAUCAUACCAGAGACUAAUCAGACAAACCCUGAUAAACCAAUCGACGACCAAACCGUGAACGAUGACGGGAGUGAUAACGGCUUUGAAAUCGCUACUACUGUUGUCUAUGAAGAAGUAACCGUUACAGACAUCAGCUCUUUGGACGUCGAAGGCGAUGGUAUUACAGCUUUAUCUCAAUCAGAAACAGUUUCUCCAGCUAUAAACGUCCAGAAUGAUGACGGGUCUAUCGACUCUGCAACUCAGUUGUCGACCUCCAAUGUGGAAACAGUGAUGUCACAAUCACUCCCAUUUCUAGACCCAAAUAUGUCUCUCAAAGAAGCCCUUGCCAUCUUCCGAGAUUACCAAGAACAUCAAGGUCUGCAGGAUCAGCUGAAGAACGACGGACAGGGGCAAGAUCCACAGCAGAACAGCACUGAACAGAUCAACAGUGUCAUGGAACAACCUGCCGGAGACAACUCGUCAUCUCUUCAAGACGACCACCCUAAAAACGAAUCGAAUGAACAUGAAAUAGUUGACACAGAUGGCAGGAAUAGAACAGUCGAACAAGAAAACGUAACACUAGCGUUUCAAAUAGGGGGAACUGAAGCAAAAAGUAAUUUGACUCAGCUAUCAAUGAACACCACAUCGGUCAUUAAUACAGUUUCAAACAGGAACACAUCCCAAACAGACAGAGCAGGGGUGGUGACGUCACCACGACCUCUUACAGUUGAUACGACGCCAUUAGAGUUAGGCCAGAGUGACUAUCAAAAUAAGACAGAUGUUGAUAUGAGCACUACGUUGCUAAGCAACAAGUCAUCAACAGCAACCGCAUCCCAGUAUGCUAACGUAUUGGAAGGCGACGGAGUAUCACGACCGUCGACCAGUUUCGUUAAGGCAUCCAUUGAAUCGGCCCCGACAGAACUACCUCCGCAGUUCUGGGUCGUGAACGACAAAGGUGACGACAACGAUUCGGCGUCUAAAGAAAACGACUUCUAUGGCGACAUUCCCUCUACUAGCGGUUAUGAAGAAGGCGUUGCAGAAAAACUGACGAACUUAACAACACCCAAAUGCGACUGGAUGGGUAGCAACAACAACAAUGCCUUUAUCGAAUUGAUUGACAGGUUAUGUGGCACCCUGAGACCCCUCCCUAUCAUCUUUAAAAUCCUCCUCCUCCUCAUACUCGGUAUCAUGAGCGUGGUCGUCUGCUGGAUCGUGUGUAUAUGUAUUCGAUGUCGUCGUCGACGUCGGAAGGGAGGUGAAGAUAAAGAAAGUCUGCUCGAGGUAGGAACGGGCAAAGAGAAGAAGUCGCUGCUACAAGUUUAGUCCGACGGUCUCGCCAUCUGAACAGAUCUGAUUGGAUGUUGUUGACGACACAAUUUGCAAAUUUGUAAAUCUGUUUAAUUUAGCCUAUUGAUUACCAUUACCUUUCAUGUCCGUAUCUUUUCUAUUGCACUUGUGUAUAUAUUUAUCAUGUAUUUCAUCUCUCACAGAAGCC